AUGUCCGCCACCUGCUUCUAUGCCAGUGGGGGCAGUGCCAGUACAGACGGUCAAACCUACAUACCAUGUAACACAACCGCCGUCGAACAAGGUGGGCACAGCGCUUGCUGCGCGUCGGGCGACAUGUGCUUUACCAACGGUCUAUGCAAAGCGGGCGAAGGCCAAUGGAACUGGAACUGGCGUGUUGCGUGCACCGACCCGACAUUUCAGGACCCGUCCUGUCCAAACUAUUGUAGAGGCAUUGAGUCGGAUGACCAGGCUCAUUUGGUAUUUCAGUGCUCCGACAAUGACACGUGGUGCUGCGCGACGGGAAAUGUCGACCGAUUUGCUAGAAAUUACAACUUUACCUGCUGCGAAAACCCAGAGCUCACAAUGGAGCUUGGCCCGGCAGUGUUUUACGGCACGGCAAUGGCCCAGGUUGCUAUUAGUACUCUCGGCGUCUUCUCAUCUCAGACGACGACUUCAUUGAUACCGAAACCAUCGGCGAGUUCGAACGUAUCGCAGGUUACGGCUUUGACAACAAUGAAUGCCACUGGCUACUACUCUACCGAGACACCAGUUCCGACCCAAGAUACCACAACAACACCAGCUGCCACUUCAAGUGCUAGUAGAACUUCUCCAUCGUCGAAAGCACUUCAGAUCGGGCUCGGCGUGGGCAUUUCCCUAGGUCUCGCGGCUAUUGCCCUGGUGGCGUACAUGUUCUUUCGUCUGGGGCAACGGCGAAGCCAACCAUCCGGUUUGGAUCAUCAAAUGAUGCAAAAUGACGACGCAAAAACAUCAAUGCCUCUACCAACUCAUCUUCACUGGUUACAGUAUGGUGGAGUUCCUGCAGCUGUCGGCCAUGAAAUGGAUGGUCAAAAUCCCAUGGCAGAGAUGGCGCAUUCUGUGCCGGUUGAGUUGGAAGACAGGGCAAUAAUGGAAAGCCACAAUACGGGAGUGCAUCAUUACCGAUCAGAGUCAGAGUAUUCGUCAUUCUAUUUUCCCAUUAGCCUAGCUUCAAAGUAG